UGGAUCACCGAUGGGCUAACGGGAUUAUUUAUUUGCCGCCUCUCUCGGCAUCCAAUCCUUGUCCGUAUUUCAACCUGGUAAUAUCUGCUGGGAUCAGUUGAUUGAGAGGUUGGUCCGAUUUCUUAUCGUGUAAGCAUCCGGAUCAGUGCUUCUUGAUGCAGAUUUUACGCUGAGCUCGAGCCCGUACCGAUUCUCCCUCCGCGGAUUGGAUUACAUCGUUUAUUGGUGCUACCAAGGGAUUGGAAUCUCUUGGUGACAACUUUUUUGCACCCGGCUUCCAUUUGAUUUAGUUCUUGGAUUCCAGCCAUCUGUUUCGGUUUUUGGGAUCAGUUACGGAAUUCGAAUAUUUUUCAACAAUCGCAAUAGACAAUUCUGGCAUCAUUGAGUUGGUCCGGGGAGCAAUGGUAGAUUGCCGGAGCCUGAUCGAGUUCUGUCGGUCUUUCGAGCAGCACCGGCAGAUGCCGAUGGAGAGCCGUUCUAACCUAUCUCAUGGCCGGUGCGCCAAGGUAAACUUAUUUUCUCCCUCUUUCUGCGAGCACUCCUCUUUCGCUCCCACGGACGUAUUAAUGCUACUUCUCGUUCUCGGGUCGGUCGGCGUUUUAACUUUGCCCUAUUUCGAACUCAUCUACAACGAAGCUUCCGAGCUGGUCCCGGUGGCGGUUGAUCUUAUGAGCGAGGUCGUCUGCCCUAGUUUUGUAGCCUACUUUACCGGGUUUGCUUUGAUUCUGAUUACGGGCGUUGUGCUUUGGGGAGUCUUCAGUCACCAGUUGAGGAAAUGUGGGAAUCCUAGAUGUAGAGGACUUCGGAAGGCGGUGGAAUUUAACAUCCAACUUGAAUCGGAGGAGUGUGUAAGGUUUAUGCCGGCCUUUCCUAAGGGUGCUUUUGGUUCCAGACAGUUGGAACUAGGGCAGGAUCAUAGGGAGCUGGAAGCUGAAUUGAAGAAGAUGGCGCCCCUGAAUGGCCGCACUGUACUUAUCUUUCGUUCGCCCUGUGGAUGCCCGACGGGAAGAAUGGAGGUUUGGGGGCAAAAAAAAGUAAGGCGCAUUAAGAAAUAGUUACUCUGACAUAUAUAUUAUGUUUACAGCUUAGUAGUCUUUUUUUAUAGUAGUACGAUAUAUAACUCAAAUAAUGAAGAUAAUUAAGGGCUUAUAAAAAAAAGAACGAUAUUUCUUAUAGUUCAUCUUCGAAAUGGUUCGAAUGAGUUCUCUGAAUCUGGUAGCUUAACAGCCUCGAUUUUCUUCAUCACUUUUCGGAUUGUAAGGACUGGUUCUAUUUCAUGCCCCCCAUUCUCCUUUCUCUCUUUCAUUUGAAACU